CGGCGGCAGCGGCGGGCGGGCGGUGGCGGCGCGUGCGGCGCGCGCUUCUCCGUGUCUCGGGAGCAGAGCCCCGGCCCCCGCCGCUCCCGCCGCCGCCAUGUCGGGCCGGUCCGUCCGGGCCGAGACCCGCAGCCGGGCCAAAGAUGACAUCAAAAAGGUGAUGGCCGCCAUCGAAAAAGUGCGGAAAUGGGAGAAGAAGUGGGUGACUGUGGGGGACACAUCCCUUAGGAUAUUUAAAUGGGUGCCAGUAGCCGACAGCAAAGAGAAGGAGAAAUCAAAAUCGAAUAAUUCAGCAGCCCGAGAACCUAAUGGUUUUCCCUCUGAUGCCUCUGCCAACUCUUCUCUCCUUCUUGAAUUCCAAGAUGAGAAUAGUAACCAGAGCUCCAUGUCUGACGUCUAUCAGCUCAAGGUGGACAGUAGCACCAACUCAAGCCCUAGCCCCCAGCAGAGUGAGUCACUGAGCCCAGCGCACACCUCAGAUUUCCGAACAGAUGAUUCCCAGCCACCCACAUUAGGCCAGGAGAUCCUGGAGGAACCAUCCCUGCCUGCUUCUGAAGUGGCUGACGAACCUCCUACCCUCACCAAGGAAGAACCAGUCCCACUAGAGACACAGGCUGCGGAGGACGAAGAGGACUCGGGUGCCCCACCACUAAAGCGUUUCUGUGUGGAGCAGUCUGCUGUGCUGCAGACAGCAUCAGAGAGCUAGCGACCCUUGGUGUCCCUACCCGCUUGGCCCCUAGCCUCUAUUUAUUGAGUUCUGGUCCUGGCUGUGCUGUGUUGCUGGGGUGAAGGCAAGCAUUGGGGUCCAGACACUGCCUGUCUCAGCCCCCUGGGCUGAAAGACUGCAGUGGGGAAGGUGGCCAGAGGACUUGGGGUCAUGGCGUCAUCUUUCUGUCCCUGGUACCUGUUUGCUUGCUCCUAGGAAGAGGGCUGCUUCUUCCCCUAUGCUUUCCUUGGGGGACUCAGGCUGCAGGUGGGUGGCCCCAGGGUUCCCCAAGCUCUGGGCUCUUGAAGUCCUCCAGGUGGAGCUCACACCCCUUGGGUGUCAGGCCCUACCCCUGCUUUUUUGGGAGCCAAGCCUGGAGCAUCAGCCAUCAUCUCUAGUUGUGUGGCCUCUGCUCUUUGGGCUGAGCUGCUGCUUGGCCAGGGAGUGUAGUGCAGAGAGAAAUGAAUGCCCGCUAGAGAGAAAGCACUUAGGGAUCUUAGUGACCCUUGUUGGAAGCUGUGGACGAAGCCUGUAGGCCCUUGGGCUCUCCCGGCAAGGGCAAGAGUGAGCCCUUUAGCCUCAGGUAGGAGUGUGGCUGGGGCUGGCACUGGAGAGGAAGGAGCAGGAUUGGGUGCCGUGGCCUAAUCUAUAGGCUUCUGGGGAAAAGAGGGGCUUCUUCACCACCUGAUUGAGCUUGGAGGCAGAUCACAUGGAUUUCCACUUGCCUGGGCCCUGGCCUCUUCCUUAAUUGUCCGUCUGCCAUUAGGCUCUCCCCAGCUGCUACUCUUCCCUUUCCCUCUUUCCUCCGCUUCCCCUUCCCUGCCCCUGUCCCUUCUAGUGUGGCCCCUGCCCCCAGUCCUGGGUCAGCACUGCUGCUGCAGCUCAUGUCCCAGCAAGAGUGUGAGGUUCUGGGAAUACCAAGCCCAAUUCCUCUUCAGCUCAGACUUUCUGGAAAGUUUCCUUUUCUUUGAAAUCUGCAUGUUGAAUCGAACUUUGUGAUAUUAUUUUUUGUUUAAAAAAAAGUUUUAAGAAAAGUAAAAUGGGCAACUACGAGUGAAGACCUAUUUUAGCACUGAAUAGAAUAUUUUUAAAAUUAAACUAUUUGAGAUACGC